ACGGUAUUUGAAAAUGUCAAUAAUGGCACCUGGUUUAUGUACAGAAACCAGAUCGAAAAAUAUUCGGCGUCGAAAUGAAUCGUCCUUCUAUUAGUUCUAUAUAUACAUAUAAUCUUCCUCAGCUCCUCGAAAGUCGAAACCUAUCAGACAACCUUCUUACAAACUUAGGAUUAUCAGAGCUGAUAAUUUAAUUAAUUACAAUGUCAAUCCCCCCGAAUUCUCCAUGGAGAGGUUGUGCUGCAAACUACCCACAACCUCUAGACCAAAAAGACGAACUAGCCGUUCAAUUUUUACAAGAAAGUAUCUACAAAUUCAACUGCUUAGACCCAAUCCCACCAAAGGCUCUUACAGAUAUCGAGUACCGUGACAGUACGGGUGAUGCAGACAUAAAACAACACGUAUUCCGGUGGGAUCGAGCUCAUUAUCACGAUAUAUUCCGAGAUGGUUUUCAGGCGAGGCGUCAACUUCACACCCCUGACAACAUCUUCCACAACUUGGAACAUUAUAUACAUGAAGGUGGCCGUCCACUUGGGAAUUCAAUGCACCCUGCUAAUUACGCCUUUGUUAGUACCACUCUUAGUAGUUCUUGGUUUCCUUCUGUAACUUUACAGCCUAAUGAAAAUCAAAGUGUUGUUGAAGCUUGGAGGUAUGAAAUGUAUGCACCAGGUGGAAUUUGGGUUGCGGAGACUCUUGGGGAUCGUUAUAAGUAUCCUACCCAAGAUGAGGUCUGUUUUGUUGCUGGUAUUGCGCCUCAGUAUAUCCGAUCUGCUCAACGUUUCAGGCUUAUCACUACCCGUGGCUCACAGUAUACCAGACGUGAAAGAGCAGAUGACAUGUUGAUCCUAAACGACAACUUCAAUCCACAAUCCCACCCAGAAAGACUGAUCAACAUUUUAAGGCCAGUAACUUAUUACCUUGAUGGAAACAAAAAACCAGCAAAUCUCAAGCUUGACUUCUACUUACCAGCUGAAGACACAGUUACCAACCCGCCCAAUCGAAGAAGACGACGAAGUAGCAGUGCCUCCGCCAAAGACUGGUACGCGAAUGAGACAACCACCUUACAAAGCUACAUUGAUGCAGCAUUCCGUUCUUCUCGCCAAAACGAAGCAUAUAUCUUCAUGAAAAAUGAGUAUAUCAUAUUCGACUACGCACCUACAGGAUCACCAUCAACAAGGGACAAGGUUGUUAAAGGACCUGCUCUUAUAAGCGAAGGGUUCCCAUCACUGAAGGAAACAUCAUUUGCAGAGUACGGAAUCGACUGUGCUUUCGGGUCUCACGAUGUGAAUGAGUCCUUCAUCUUCUCUGGAAAUCUGUGUGCACAUAUAAGCUUUGUAAAUGACAGGAUUAUUGCUGGUCCGAUGAAGAUCAGGAAAAUGUUCCCGUUUUUUAAAAAGACUGUGUUUGAGACCGGAGUAGAUGCAGCGUUUGAGUCAUCAACAACGAAAUAUGAAGCUUACCUCUUUAAAGGUGAUCAAUAUGUUGUUAUAAACUAUGGUGGUGGUGGUGGUGGUGGUGGUGGAUCGCCGCCGCGUCUUGUUACGGCCACCCGUUCAAUAACACAAGGGUUUGGUAGUCUGAGAAACACCGUUUUUGAAAGGGGAAUUGAUGCGGCAUUCGCUUCACAUCGUAACAAUGAGGCUUAUUUGUUCAAAGGAGACUCUUUUGCACUUAUUAAGUUUUCUCCUACUGCAGCCGCCGCCGCAAUGAAUGACAGCAUUGUUGGUGGUGUGAAGAAAAUUCUUCCUAACUGGCCGUCGUUGCAACCAGUAUUGCCGCGAAACAACCGUGGUGCCGACCUUCCUCCGGCCUAAGCUAGUCAUGAACCCGAUACACGUACGGAACUGCGCGCGAAAAUCAGUAUGGUUCGGUUUAGUUUGAAUAACAUGGAUCCGAAGAUGAAAUCGCUAACCACCUCCAGUAGAACGGUUAGUUUGAAUUUUUUUUUUUUUUUUUUUGUUUUGAUAAAAUGUAAGUCCUGAAAUUGUCACCUAGCUAUUGUUAAGAGGGUUAGUUUGAAUUAUCUUUUGUUAUGUAUGCUUUAAUUGUUUUCAAGCCAUGUAAGAAUUAAAUAAAAGUUUCAACUAAAUUUAAUGUAAUGCUUUUGAACCUCUUGCUCCGAGUGGUUCAAUUAUGGGUU